AUGUCACAGGAAGGUCGAAAGGACAGCGGUGCCUCACAGGGAUCUGGCAAGGUGGAUAAUUCAAAAGUCGAAACCACAGCGGAACCCCCAGUUGAACCCACAGCUGAACCCACGGCAGAACCCACAGAGGAGCCGGCACAAGAGUUGCAGGAGGUAGAGGCGCCUGAGGAUGAGUCCAACAUCAACCCAAGGGAAUCAAAAGCCGACGCAGAUGCAACUGGGCAGGAGGCAGCGGACCAAGCUAGUAAAGGCGAGUCAGAGGGGGAAGAGGAUAAUGAGGAAUCUGAUCUGAGAAGUAUUGAGGCGAGUGCGCCAGCUCCAACACCCCAAUUCGAUGAAGGAUUCGACGGUGAGCCUCACCCAAUGGACACGAAUGACCUCGAAUCAGCUCUUGAUGCUGCUCUAAGCCACCUUGAAAGUAUGUCGACAGUAGAGUUUUUACAAACAAUCGCGAAUAAUGCCGAUAUUCAUGAGCAAGCGGUGAUGUCUGCUAAAAGUAUUGCCAAGGAGUUUGUCAGCAAGGCCGCAGACUUGGCCGAGGCUAUGCAGUUGAUUCUUCUGUAUGACCAGUUAAUGCUGAAAAAGCUCAAUCUUACGACUGCCUACGACUUUGGCGUGAAACCGAAAACCGAUGAUGAAACCCGUGCAGUCAUGAUUGAUCGUGCACAGCGAAUGCUCCAGCUUGGACAAAGGCAAUACGACAUAAGCCACCAGAUUAGCGAAUCAGCGAAGCCACUAAUCGACUAUCGUUUUGAGGCCUGUGAUGACUUCAAUGCAGUGCAGGAAAAAAUUGCGAACAUGAGGGAGGAGGAGAAGAAGCGAGCCGUUCGGUUGGCACAAGAAGAGGCCGAGGCGCUCGCCCAGAAGGCUGCACAAGACGAAGCCCAACAAGCCGAGGGAGAGGGUGAGGCAUCGGCGCCACCGAACGCCGACGCGGCUCCAGAACAGCCAAGCGCCGAGGCUGCCAAUCCAACCCCUGGCGAAUAA